AUGAUUGAAAAUAAUGAUAUUGUCAGCAUCUCAGAAUAUUUUCGAGUGAUAAACUGUUUAGCUUACAAUAGGGACGACAAGAUAAAAUUCGUGCACUUGGAGGAACUUCUAAACUUCAAAUAUGAGCUACCAAUUCUGUCUCUGCUAAUAAAAUCUCCAAUCGAAAAUCUCGAAGAAAGGUUUACGGAUCAAAUUUUUAAGCUUUUACAAUUAAACGAAAUUUAUAUCUGAAUGACAAAUGCUGAUUCAGAUGUAAGUGAAAGCCUAAAAGUAAAAGAAAAAAUUGUAAGUUUUGCAACUUAUUUCUCUUUUGUUUUAAAAUAUUCGCAAAAAAGAUUGAAGUUCAUCAGAGAGUUAGGUGAAUGAAAUUUAAUCAAAACAUCAGAAUUUUUGAUGAACUUUGCAAACGAAAGAAAUGAGUGUGCAGAUGAGUUUUUUUCCUUUAGUUGUGAGGCCUUAAAAUUCUUUAAAAUAGAGUUCAAUUUUCUGCAAGAACGAAUACUAAAUAACCUGAUUGACAAUGUUUGUUCAUGAUACGCAUUUUCGAAUGUUUUAAGUUUAGCCAAUCAUAUCAAAUUUGAGCAAAGCACUAUCGAAAAAUUGUGCCAAAUAAUUCAUGACUAUUUUUAUUGGAACUGAGAUACUAUAUUAGAUUUUUUUGCAUCUACAAAAGAAGUCCUAAAAGUAUCUUAUAAUUAUCUGAAAUCCAAUUAUAUCAGCCUUAAAAAUAAAAGAAGCAUUGACAUGAUGUAUAAAAUUUUAGAAUUAUUGUUCAUUUAUACUACAAAUAUUGAUAAAAAAUCAGUAAGUACACUUUUUGAAGAUAUAAAACUAGAUGAAUUACAUCAAGGUUACACGUUCACAGCAGGGUUUUAG